UGUUUGUGUUAAGCCAGCAAUGUUUACUACAACACCAACAUGGCGGCUCCCAUUUUAAAGUGGAAAAGAGUUACAAAUCCUACUGGUCCUCAGCCUAGACCUCGUCACGGACAUCGUGCUGUGUCUAUUAAAGAUCUUAUGGUUGUGUUCGGUGGUGGUAAUGAAGGAAUAGUAGAUGAAUUACAUGUCUACAAUACAGCAUCAAACCAAUGGUUCAUCCCAACAAUGAAAGGGGACAUACCCCCUGGGUGCGCUGCCUAUGGGUUCGUUGUCGAUAACACUAGAAUUCUCGUAUUCGGGGGAAUGGUUGAGUAUGGAAAGUACUCAAAUGAACUGUAUGAACUUCAGGCCAGUCGUUGGGAAUGGAAGCGCCUUCGGCCACGAGCUCCGCGCAACGGACCUCCACCAUGCCCUCGCCUCGGCCACAGUUUCACCCUGAUUGGGAACAAAGUCUAUCUCUUCGGGGGCUUGGCAAAUGAUAGUGACGACCCGAAGAAUAACAUACCCAGAUACCUGAAUGAUCUCUACAUCCUGGAGCUCCGAAAUAAUAACUCAACUGCUUGGGAUAUCCCACAGACAUUCGGGACAUCACCACCACCAAGAGAGUCCCAUACAGCAGUGGCAUAUUCGGUCUCGGACAGCCACUCGAAGCUGAUUGUAUACGGAGGAAUGAGUGGUUGCCGUCUCGGAGACCUCUGGAUCCUCGAUAUUGAUUCCAUGUCCUGGGCGAAGCCUAUCGUACACGGAAAUGCACCUCUGCCAAGGUCCUUGCACACAGCCACCAUGAUAUCUAACCGCAUGUUCGUAUUUGGCGGUUGGGUACCUUUGGUUAUGGACGAUGUGAAAGUUGCAACAAAUGAGAAAGAAUGGAAGUGCACAAACCAACUGGCUUGUCUCAAUUUAGAUACAAUGACGUGGGAAGAGUUAGCCAUGGAGACUGCCGAAGAGAACAUACCUCGUGCUCGUGCAGGCCAUUGCGCCGUUGGAGUGCACUGCCGUGUGUACGUCUGGUCAGGCCGUGACGGAUACCGUAAGGCUUGGAAUAACCAAGUGUGUUGCAAGGACUUGUGGUACCUGGAGGUAGAAAAACCAUACAUGACAGGUCGAGUGCAGCUUGUUCGGGCCUCUACCAACAGCUUGGAAGUACUGUGGACAGGAGUACCAACUGCUGAAAACUAUGUCCUUCAGGUAAUGAAAUAUGAUAUUCCUCCAACCGCUCAAACAUUGUUGCCCAGCCCCACUCCUACCUUGUCUCCCGUACCCCCACUGCCAAUGCUGUCACCUACGCCUGUGGCCCCACAAGCCGAGGGCCCGCCGCCCGUUCCCCCUAGCAACGUGAACCUUCUUUCCCCCACUGCCUUGUCUCCUGCGCCUACUGUGCUGAAACCUGCUCCUCAGCCUACAGCAGCACCGCGCAGAUCCAUACUACAGGUCAGCCCCGUGCCUGUCAAUGCAUCUGCCAGCCCCACACCUGAGCUCUGCCCUACAGAUCCUCUGAUACGUCUUACUCCACCCCAACAACAACCAUCAGAGAGUGUUGGGUUGGAGGCAAGUGAGAGUGCAGCUGCUGUGGCUGCAGCCAUAGCUACGGUGCCUCAGAGUGCUACUGUGUCUCCAACAGUUGCGAGUCCACCGAUUGUCCCGCCAGUGUCGCCCCCUGCCCCCACUACCAACUUAAGUCCCCCAGGGUCUAUGACGGGCAUCCACGCAUUAGCUGCAGCCGCUUCUGCUACGCAGAAAAUCAAAAUGUCGCCUAGCACCCAGAGCCCUUCACCGAGUGGCAUGCGCUUGGUGCAGAGUCCACGCAUGAUCACUAGUCAGCCCAUACGUAUUAUCCAGCAGCCAAGGGCACCCUCUCCAGUUGCUGUCUCAGGAAACCAGCAGGUGCGUAUCGCAGCACCCGCAGGUGCUACGGUGCUCAAAACUGCCAACCCCCAGACUGGAAAGCAACAGCAGAUCAUUGUACAGAAGCCAGGUAGUGUUCAAGGCUCACCUCAGAUCGUCACCCUCGUCAAGACCAGCCAAGGCAUGACAGUGGCCACGGUUCCUAAGGUGAGCCUGAUCCAAGGAAAACCUGGCACUACAAUGUCAGCCGGAGGAAAGGGUAUUCCGCAGGGAGCAACCAUUGUCAAACUUGUCAGUGCUCAGGGAACCCAAGCUAGUGGUCAAAAGGUGCUGACUACCAUGAAGACUGUACCAUCCAACAUGGUCACGGUCAACAAGAACCCUCCUAACAAACAACAAACGAUCGUGAUCACCAAGCCACAAGGAGGCGGGCGACCCGCCACUCAGCAGAUAAUUGUGGUCACCACUGCAUCAGGACUUCGUACUGUUCAGGCCAUAUCUACUUCCCAGGCCGGUCAAGGUACUCCUACAUCAACAGUAUCGGUUCUGCCAGUGUCAGGUUCUGUAGGCACUAGCGGCAUGCGCAUGGUGAUGGUGUCAUCAGCCAACACGACCACCACUGCAAUCGGCAAACCCAUCACGAUCACCAUGCCGGGGUCAGGCCAGGGAGGCCUACCCAAGACAGUCACUAUUACGGGCAAACCGGGUGCUUCUCAACUGCUCACCCAGACCUCCGGUGCUUCUCAGGCAAUCACAAUAGGAGGAAAACCAGUGACUGUGCAGAUGGUGGGAGGCCAGAAGACCGUGACUUUUGUGCCCAGUCCCAGCUGCACCACAUCUGCUGCUGGUGGCCCCACAUUGAUAUCUUCUCUGGGCAAGGUGCUCAACCAGAUGCCCCAGCCUGUUAUCGACACCACGACACCCACAGGAUCCACUCCAAGGUUGCGACUGGUAGGAGAUGAGUUAACCGAAGAGGACGAAGAUGAUCCUGAACCACAAGAGUCUCAGGACACAGACAGCAGCUCAACUCUCCCCGGCUCCACGACGGAGGACCUGCCAUUCGACACACCUCUCACACCAACCAGUCGACCCGAUCUUAGAAAAGGGAUGGACUGUACAUCUGAUAUGGAGCCAUCAUCAACAGCUGAUGUGGAGAAACCCUCCGGCAGAAUUCCCUCUCUCAUUGAUGAUUACGUGUCGGACUUUGUCCAAGGCAACAGUUCCAAUGGUCUUAACAACAAAGAUGAUGCUACCCCGUCACAACCUGUCUCUACCACCAGUGAACCGGAAAUUAAAAAAGAGCCUGAAAUAAAAAUUAAAAAAGAGGUUGAUGAAGCAGAUGCACUGUCGACUUUAGCCUCAGCAGCACUGGGAUGCAACCAAGCUUCAACAACAAACGGCAUUAAGAAUGAGGCAUCUGGAACGAGAAUCUGCCUGCCAGGGUAUCCCGGGGCUCCAUCAGCUAUUAAGAUCUCCAAAUCUGCAGAAGGAGCUCAUCUAUCCUGGGAACCCCCUGUGAAUACAGCAGGAAAGAUCAUUGAAUAUUCAGUUUGCUUGGCUGUACGCCAGAAUCAGCCUCAGGUGGAAGGGAAGAGUGCGUCGUUAGCGUUUGUGCGAGUGUACUGCGGACCCCUGAACCAAGCUAUUGUGCCAAAUGCCUCACUAGCAGCUGCUCACAUCGACAUGAGCACCAAGCCUGCGAUUAUAUUUAGGAUAGCAGCUCGUAAUGAGAAGGGAUACGGGCCUGCCACCCAAGUCAGGUGGUUACAAGAUGUGGUUGCAAGUUCAAGUACAAUGAAGGGAGGAGUGAAGCGAGAAGCUCUUGCCCCACUUACUCCAACCAAGAGGUUUAAACAAGAUGAGAUGAAAUGAUUACGCAUUUAAGGCCACUGUGAACCUAAAAACUUCACAGUGAUCCUUACAGUGAAAGUAGUAUUGAAACUUCGGCUCCAUGUCUGAGACACUCCAGUGCCAGUGAGCCUUUUAUUGGUUUAGUUCACCUGUCGAUAUUUUCAAUAUUUGAAAUGUAUAUUUAAGUGUGUCAAAAUAAUUUUUUAUAUACUCGAGCGAGUAUGAAAAAUCUCUCUUCUGUGUACUUCACUGUACCUGUUUUGUUUUACAUUACCACAUUUUUAUUAGUUUUUUAUUUUCUCUGAUUAGUCAGAUUGUCAAGAUUGUGACACUAGAUCAUAUUGUUUGGCCAGAAAACUGUGUUUUAUAUUUUGAUCGAUGAGAAGCAAUAAUCAUAAUAGUUUGUAUUGUCCUGAAAUUUCAGUCUGGUACUGUUAUGAUAUAAAGGGCCAUUGGUUCCGUACAAUGUUUAUUGAUGGCUCAAGAUCAGUCUGCUACAGUGUAAAUAUUUUAAAUCAGUUCAACUGAUUAUGCAUGUAAAGAUUAUGUGAAAUCAACGUUUAAAGAUUAUGUGAAAUCAACGUUUAAAGAUUAUGUGAAAUCAGCGUUUAAAGAUUAUGUGAAAUCAACGGAUUGCAAAUGUCAAGAUCAAAUGAUGAAAUCAAUCAAGAUUAAGUGAGAUAAAUCGUCAGUCAUCAUUAAUUGUCAUCUCACAAGACAACUAUUCUUCAUGAUAUAGUCUGUACACAGUGAUAUGCAUGUUAUAGGUUACGUAAUUGUAGAAUCACAGUGUUCUUUCCAGAGUUUCUUUUAAUGGAGGAAAGUGAAGGAGUAAAAUGGAGAUCAGUUUGCCCAUAUCUUAUUGAAAGUUUUUGAUCGUGAAAGUAUGUUAAAAAUGAACUUUACUGAACAGUUAUUACAAUCGAUAAUACCAUCAGAUGCAUGCAACAUUUUACUAUUUAAUGUCUUGUAAAAACAAAUUAAAUGUUGUAAAAUAUUGUAAGCAAUAAUAUAAAAUUUCAGUGGAUUAAAAACACUUAUGUACCAUACAUGAAAAACAAAUUAAAUGUUGUAAAAUAUUGUAAGUAAUAAUAUUAAAUUUCAGUGGAUUAAAAACAUUUAUGUACCAUACAGUGAAACCCUGCAGUAACGUAUUUCUGUCGACACGAUCCACGCUGACUUUUUAAGCAGGAAACUGUAGAGGGGAACUCGAGUUUAGCGUUUAUUUAAAUCUAAAUUUACAAAUAUAUUUAAUUUUAGUCUAAUUUGAUUAGAUUUAGGAUAAAAAGUGUAAUUCUACAGUAAAAAGAAUUUUGUACAAAAACAUGGGGAACACAACUUUCUUCCUGGACGAACCAUACCGAUCUUAAAAUUGAUUAUAUCGUAGACCUCUUGCAAUCUGACGAAAGUAUUAAGUUUGUUAAGUGACUAUUAUCACUAAUUAGAGGAUAAAAUAGUUAUUGUGUGCGUGUUAGGUGAAUGGGUGGCAGUACACGAGUGCGAGUCAUGGUUGGUCCUGAAGCUAUGGAACCCACCAGUGUUAAUAUGUUGAUAUAUUGUACAUAUUUGGAAAUUUAUUAGACAUAAAUAUUGACUUAUAAAAACUUUUUUUCAUGUUUUGUAUAUUCACUAGAAUAUUGGCUUUAAAAGAGAAAUGUUUAUUUAAUUUUAUUUUAGAUUAAGUGUAAAAUGUUUGGUUUGGAGUGUAGCCUUCCAAUAUAGAGACAAGUGUUAGGGCACUUGAGUAGUAAUUGUUCACCCAAUAAAAUAGUAAAUUUUAAAAUCACAAAAUAUUUUCACACAACAAAUUUAAACUAGAGAUUAAUUAAUUAUACAAGGUGUUCAAUUUAAGUGCUGCCCAGGUUUAAAAUUAUAUUUACACAUCAAUUGUUUGUAUACAUUUACUUGGUUGUAUUUUUGGAUCUUGUUUGUAAUUAUUUAAAACAUUUUGAGUGUUUUUCUACAGCCAUUUAUGUUAAGUUAUUUUUGUUCAUAAAUGAUCAUGACUGUUGUUAACAAAUUUGAUUAUAUUAAAAUGUUUUAAUCUUCUUACCUUUGUCAACCUCUGUGUGACCAGCACUGAGUAAAACAACAUUGAAUAAGCAAAA